CGUCGAAGUCUCUCCCGCGUGCCUCGCGAUCCGCGCUCACGUGUCACGUCUCGUGUCGUCAUCCGGGAUCAUCGAUCGGCGGGCGGCUCGCCGCCGAAAUAAAACGACGACCUGGGCCGCACGCACCGUCGUCGUCGUCGUCGUCGUCCGGGGUAAUCGCGUUUUCCUGGCUCAGCUGAUCGGAAUGAACAUCCUUUUUAUCCCUGUUCUCUGGUUCUCCCUCUCCGGCCUUCUCCUAUGCCGCGCCGAUUCCUCCUCGCCAGCCCCACCUGUCUUUCUCUUUCAAUCCUCCCCUCUAGACCGGCAUCCGUCCCCUCUACCGAGCCGCUGGAAAUCACUUUCGAAGACCCGUUAACCUACUCGGGGGCCUUAGUAUCCGCUCCGACUCCGGACCUCCGUGCCGACCGCUGCGCAGGUGUCCGUCUCCGCUCCAGCCAAGUCACCUUCGUUUCGCAAUCCCUCGUCCUUGGACGCCGCCAGCCGAGCGUGGCCGACCUAAGAACACUCGGGGACAGUCCCCCGAUGCGAAGCCGCCCGAGCCGAGGAGAACCGGAACUGGCCGGCCCCGUCAGGGUCGCGACACGAAAAAUCGCCCGGCGACGAUGAAGGGAUGGUUCGACGCGUUCCGCAUCGACGGCGGACCGACGCUCUACAGCUACAGCAACCGGACGCCGGUCACCGGCGACGUACCACUGGUGAUCGUCUUCGUGAUCUUCGGCACGAUCUUCACGGCGUUCCUAGUCAUAUUCCCCGGGAUACGAAAGGAGAGACUGAGCACGUUCCUCACCGUGACCUUGAGCCUCUUCGUCGGAGCCUCGAUACAAGUCGCCCAGUAUGGCUCAUCCUGGCACACCAGUUCCGCGACCGUCGUCAGCACGUACAGCGCGUACUCCGGGCAGAAGACCACCGCCGAAAUCGGCGGCUACAUAGGCCUGAUGCACAUCAAUAUCACCUACCGAUUGUUACCAAGCAAUGAACACCCGAUGGACGACGUGGAGUACAAUGAGAGAUUCUGGUGGAGAAGCACUGGAGAGAUGACCAGUGCGUUCAAGCAAGCACUCAAUCAAGGUGCUCCAUUUCCUAUUGUCUCGUUAGCUGAAUACUUUAGCCUUCAUCAGGAAGGAUUCUCAUGGGGCAGCAAGUACCGUCAGGCUGGUUAUUAUGCUUCACUCAUGCUUUGGACAUCGUUCGCCUCUUGGGCCAUGAUGAAUCUGCUGUUAGUGGUGGUGCCACGUUACGGAGCCUACGGUAUGAUUUUCACCGGUACUUGCAUGCUGCUGACCAAUCUAAUAUACUGGGCAUUGCUACCGUGCGAGCCGCUGAUAGCUCACAUAGACGGUUCUAUUCUUGCUUUUAAUCUGGGAUGGAACUACUGGCUGAUCCUGCUAUCCGGUAUCGGAUGCUUGUUCGUCGGGGCGGUGAUAACUGCGAUAGACAUGAUAUUCCCUCAUCAGUUCUCCACUAUACUAGAGGUCGACUACGACACGCCGUACGACCGGCACGUGAUCAUAGAGGAAAGUUUCGACACGAGGAACAUCAGGCGAAGGCUACCUAAAAUCGAGGAUUCGUUUGGUGAUCGUAUAAUAAGCCAACUGUCGUCGAAGCUGCAGAGCAGACACGACGCGAAAGAGGACACCCAAGGCGUGAUAAAUCGUGGCUACACCUCGCACGAGCCCUCGGACUUCCAUCACGAGGACACCGGCAAGAACAACUGGUCUUAUCCGUUCCCGUCGUCCUCGCGGAGGAACAUGAAUGGCUGACUUCUGUUUGUUACGACUCUUGGACGAUUCCGGAAAUAAAUACUUUCAUUCCGCUCGAUACUUCAGUUUACGAAACAUUUCAGCCGCUAGUUUAUCCUGGAACUCUGUUGGUAUUCGGGUACACUUCCUGCUAAGUGUCUUGAUAUGAAACCUAAAAGUGACCAAGAACGUGGAAAAUCGAGGGUUGCACUUUAGGUGUUCGCGAGGUCGUGUUCAGUGAAGAAAAAGUAUUGAAAAAAAAAAUAUUCAUCUCUUCUCUUUUCUUUAACAUAAAUAAGAAAUGUAAUACUCGGUAUAAAUAAACGAUGCGCACACGCGCAUAAAUAUAUACAUAAGGUAGAGUCCCGUGAGAGUCACGAUAGAGUCCAUCGCUUCUUCUCCUGUGCCCGCGGCAGGAUCGAGACUAGCCGAAGUUCUCGAAAUGAUGAAUGAAGUAAGGCAGGCGGCGGCCUUUGUUCACCUCAUCGCAAGACGACAUCACGCUCUUCGUUAGGGGGCGUGGUCCGCAACUAAAUACUCCUAUUUUGCUGACCUGAGACGUGAAAGGUUGAACAGUUGAGAUUAUACUUGAUGUCAAGAAGGAUAUCGUUAUUGAAUAGUUUCAUGAAUUGAUCCACUUGUAAGGAUGUCAGCAGAGUAAAUAAAAAAUAGACCUACGUAGCUGUGUUUCUUCUGAACAAACUUUAAGAACGAUGUCAUAUCAGGCCGGCCGAAAUGAUUUAUCGCUUUCAACCCAGUGAAAAUACUCUUCUUAGACAGUCUCUGGAAGUGGUUCUCGCAAAUGUACUGAAAAAGGAUUUUUGUCUUGGUUUGUUCUUGAAGAAUGCGGGAAUGGAACGUUCUAAAUAUUAUUAUAGAUUACCUACCAGCAUAGUAGUACGCAAAUCGAAUUUAUGAAAGAAUUGUGUAAUAAAUAUGUGAAUCUCUAAAACGUCCGUGACGUCCUUCCUCUCGACGUCUCGUAGGACGUCGAUGAACCACUCGAAGUGCUUGUGGGAGGGACAUAUCCACAGGAAGUAGACCUGGAAAGAGACGAGCAAUUAGAAAGGUACACAGGAAAAGUUGCUACAGGAUAAACGUUAAAAGUAUGAAAAAUAUUCAUGGUAAUCAUGGACUAAUCGUAUACAGAUCCUCUUAAUUACUUUUUUACAUGCAACCCUGAAUAUCUAUUCAUAGAAGUACUGUUAAAAAUAUGAAAAAUAUACGGUGGACUAAUUUUAUACAGAUCCUCUCAAUUACCUUUUUACAUGCAACCCCUGAAUAUCUAUUCGUAGAAGUGCCAAAAACGAGAUCGUUGAG